UGCCUGAAUAAAGUGAGAGCAGUCGCAUUGAGGACUGGAUACGUUCAUGUUGUCAAUCGUCAUGGCACCGUUCUUGCCAGGAUUUAGAGGAAAGUUCAACCGGUUUCUCUCUGAUGUACAGUUACUACAAUAUUUAAUCGUAUUCUUCGGAUUAUUCAAUUUAUCUCUGUGUCUCUACGAAGAUCAAGUUGGAAAAUUUGACUGGAGACAGAAUUACGUAGGCAAAAUUAAAUUCGCCAGCUUUGAUACAGUAUCGGCAGCUAAGAAAAUUAUUGUUGCUACAGAAGAAAAUGUUGUUGCUGCUCUGAAUCUCAAAUCAGGUCAGAUAUUAUGGCGCCGGGUAUUAGAGCAAGGAUGUGCAGGUCGCGUCAGAAUUAUGGGUGGAGUAGCCGACGGGGAUUUGGUCACAGUCAGUGGCGGAGUUCCUGCCAUUGUUCGUGCCUGGGAUUUGGCCAGUGGUCAUAUUCGCAAUGAAUGGACUUUGGCUGAACAGAAUCCUGAGAGAAUAGAAGAUGUCAUGUGGCACAUCAAAUAUGGAACCCUUCAUCACAUCUUACCAAUUUACCACAGUGGGGUCGAAGUAACUUCAUAUGACAGUAAAACUGGUGAAAAACUGAAGACUAGAAAAGUUUCUGCACCAUUCAUCAACGAAGACACGAUGUGUGUCUUGGCUGCUCCAUACUUAGCCUGUCUCAACGGAGCAGAUUCAUUAGCUAGGCUUUUUAUCGUGCAUUUGUUUGAUCCAAAUGCGCAGCUUCAGUCUGUUACCAUCAAUACAAUUUUUGGUGCUGGCGAACAAGGACCAUAUAAAUUAGAGUUAGUACCUGGCGACGAGCCUGUAGUUUCUGUGAGUGCUGAUAAUGGCCAGAAAAAAAGAGUCCUAAACAUUGGGGAUGAGUCUAUACCCAUACGUAAUGACAUAAGUGGAGAAACUGCUCUUUAUGUCAUUACGGCCGAAGAGGGAAAGACUCUACUACAAACUGCAUAUAAAAAUGGGGCUAUAGAUAUAGCAGCUGUUGAUCUGUUGUCAUUCAGUCCAGUUCCAAAUCUAUCAGUAGGCUUAUCUCAUAAUUCUGUACAAGCCCCUACAAUUGUUGCAUCCGCCUGCUUGCGUCAGCCUAAAGGUACAGGUUGCCGGCAUUUAUUGUCAUCUGAUGAUCACAGCAUCGCACUAGUACAAAAUGGACGGCUCGCCUGGGUGAGAGAAGAAGCUCUUGCUAACAUAGUAGCUGUUGAAAUCAUGGAGCUGCCUAUGUCUGAGCGGGAACAAGCUAUAGAAACUGAAUUUGACCAAAAAGAGAAUUUUGAUGUAGAUGGUUCAUGGGACGUAGUAAGUAUGAUGAUUAGAAGAAUAUGUUCUCAAGCUAAUCAAUUGCGGACUUUACUCCAAGCCGUGAUGGGAUUUGCACCGCCCCAAUCAAACCAAAGAGCCGAUUUAGUACGAGAUGAAUUUGGGUUGCACAAAAUGAUAGUUGCUGUUACCAGUCCUGGAAAGAUUUAUGGUAUCGAAUCAAAGCGAGGUGAAAUUAUUUGGCAACUUAGUGUUAAAAAUGUGCAAGGUUUUUCCAAGACUUCAGGAAAAAUGAUAUUAUAUCCUCAAAGAGGUAGCAGACAUUUUCCUCAUCCACCUCAAUGUGCAUUGCUUGCUGCAGAUAAGGAAACUGGCGACGGUGUAAUUUAUACAUUUAAUCCAAUGACGGGUCAACCCCUCGGUGAACUGACAAAAUUAGGCUACAAAGUCAAGCAAUCCAUGCUGCUUCAUGUAGCAACAGAUGAUUUUCUCCGUCCAGUUCUUGUCCUUGAUACGACAGAUGUUGUGCAUGUAUUUCCUGAGACUGCCAAAGCGACUGUAGCAUCAGUUGCUAAGAACGUUUACCUGUUCACGGCUGACCCAGAUAUCGGAUUACUUUCAGGCUUCUCGCUAUCAUACAGUACACCAGAGAACUUGGUAUCACACAAAGUCUGGGAGAUGAUGUUAUCUACUAGAACGCAACAAAUAACUGAUGUUAUUUCAAAAAGUACAAUUGAACGUGUUCACUCUCAAGGGCGAGUUUUGGGAGAUCGAUCUGUACUUUACAAGUAUAUAAAUCCUAAUCUAGUUGCGGUUGUUACACAAGGUGUCGGCAGCACUCAUAAAAACACGCUUAAUUUAUAUCUCUUGGACGUUGUAUCUGGUGCAAUGGUAUUCUCGGUUGUUCAUAAAAGAGUCCGAGGGCCUUUCCAUGUUGUACAUUCCGAAAAUUGGCUUGUGUACAGCUACUUUAGCGAGAAAAGUCGCAGAACUGAAAUAGCUACUUUGGAACUUUACGAAGGAAAAACACAGAGUAAUACAACUGCUUUUUCGUCGUUAACCACAUCUGUGGUCCCCAUAGUCGAAAGACAGGCCUUCAUCUUUCCUGCAUCGAUUGAAUAUUUACGAGAAACUAUAACAGAAAAAGGCAUAACAAGUAAACAUAUUAUGGUGGCAUUAGCUCACGGAGGUAUCUUGGAAUUACCAUGGAUGCUUGUGGAUCCCAGGAGACCAAUCAAUCCGGAGGUGAGGGAAGAAGGAGUAAUACCAUACAUGCCAGAGAUUCCAAUUCAAAUGGAUGCCAUUGUUAAUUAUAAUCAGAGUAUAGCCAGAGUAUCUGGGAUUCUCACGAGCCCCAGUGGACUCGAAAGUACCUGUCUAGUAUUCGUUCAUGGUCUUGAUUUAUUCUACACCCGCGUGGCUCCAUCAAAAACUUUCGAUGUCUUGAAAGAAGACUUUGAUUAUUAUCUUAUCGCAAUUGUUCUUUUGGCACUUACAAUAUCUUCAUAUGUUACCAAAAAAUUGGCAUCUCGAAAAGCACAAAAGCAAGCAUGGAAAUGAUGUAUCGAGAUAGCACAAAGCCAAAUGUCAUUUCUCACUGGUUUUAGUUCAUAAUAGGAAAAUCUGCUUGUUGGAGGUAAUAUUUCAAAUACCAUAUUUUACAAAUAGCUACUAAAGGUACAAAACAAUAUCUAGUAAGUGGUUAAUGUACCCAAAGAGGAUCUUGAAAUAGAUUAAGUAGGUUUAUCUCACUCUUUUACUGGUCAUUAAUUACAUAUUUUGCAAAAGUUCUCGCAGGAUGUAGAUAUUUAUCUCGAACUUGUAGGUAAUCUAGUUUCAAAUUACAUCCGUUUAUUGACAUGUCAGAAUUUCACUUUGUAUUUUCCAAAUAUUCUGCAAAUCACAUCGAAUGGACAUAAAUACUUUCAACAUUACAUACAAUAUGUCAAUUCGUCCAGGCCCGGUGUUAUUAUUUAUUUAUUGUUUGGUUAUUGCCUCGUUAAUUUUGAAUUUAGUGUAAAAUAUAAAUUAUUCUUUGUAGGUAGGAGAACACCAAAAUAGUACUUUUAAAUUGAUACCCCAUACAUUGGAUUUAUAGUUUUUUCAUGAGUUAUUGUUCCAGUAAGAGAGAUGAAGCCCUCCAAAGAUACAAGUAAAUUGCAUAGGAAAGUUCCAUACAUAAUCCUGGAUGGCUCUAAUUUGUCACCGAAGAAUGAACCAAUUUGACUUUUCGUACGUUCCCAUUUUUUCCACAAAUAACGAACCUUUCAACUCCUAGAAAAUACAUAAUCCUGCAUGGCUCUAAUUUGUCACCGAAAAAUGAACCAAUUUGACUUUUCAUACGUUCCCAUUUUUUCCACAAAUAACGAACCUUUCAACUCCUAGAAAAUAUGCCUGGAAAACCUAGAAAACUUAGAAUGUUCCAGAAACUUGACACUACGAUGAAAGUGCUUUUUCACCUUAAAUCGGAUGGAAAAUGUUCUAGCGACGUUAAACUAUAGAUAUAAUUGUUUGCGAGGAGUGCCAUAAUUAUUUUCACAUAAAGAUUUACUGCUGAAGAUAUCGGAAUAAAUUCGACGAACAGAUAAAUCAUUUAUUUGAUCAGUCAUUGACUCGAAUCUGGAAUUAAAUUGAUUUCUUUUCAUUCAAAGCAUUAAGCAUAAUUGAUGUACAGGAAAUGGAAAUAAGUAUUGUACGUGAUAUCAUCUAUGAAUAUGACGAUAAUUUUAUUUUACAUGGUUAUCUGACAGAGUAACAUGGUACGCAUAUUAUUGUUUGUCAAAUUGUCAAUCAGUGUUCAAAAUGAUUGAUGGUGUUGGUGGGGGUAUUUGAAUGAUCAAUUGUAUUUAAUUAAAUAAUGAUCAUAAAAAUGAGAAUAGUAGCUAAUUACGGGAUGUACUAGAUUCUGAGGACAUUCUCCUGAUGAUAGCAUUUUUUUGUAUCGUUUAGCUAGUCUAAUAAGCAAAUAUUACUAGACACCUGAAUUAAUAUACAUACCUAUAAACGAAUACAAGGUUUUCAAAUAUGAAAUUGUAAAAAUUGUAGAGUUCACUUAACAUCCGAGCUUUUCAAACUAAGCAUAAAUAAAUAUGCAUCAAAUAAUUGCAAUUAUAAAAAUCACCUUCUAAACUGAACGCAAGAGGUUGCAUCUGUAAUUAUAAGAAUGAUACUAACAAUUAAAGAAAAAACUGUAAGUAAACAAUUUAUUAAAUGAAUUAUCUAACAGUAAAAAUAGCGUACAUAGUUGCAUAGAUACAUUGAACAUAAUUUUGUAUAUAAUGACAUCAAUAUUAUAUUUACAUAUUUAACAUUUUAUCUUGGAUGUAAGUUAAAAUCGUUUCUAUGUUCACCUGAUAUUCGUUUUGUAUAUUGAAAUUUGCCACCUGAAAUAUAAAUCGAAAUUUGUAAUGAUA